UUAACUGCGGCUCAUGCUUAUUAGAAUUCCCACGUAGUUUCUAGGCAAGAAACAACCCGGUGCUACAUGGCUCUUCCGCCGCAAGAAGAGCAGGCUACGCAGAUUAACCAUCUUGACAGGUGCAGAAGUGAGCGGAAGGCUGACAACAUGAGUCCACUUGUCCGGUUCAUCGUGGUGGGAGCAAGCUGUCGAGGGGAGAUCUAUUCCCGCUAUGCUCUUAUCCACCCUGACCGCGCGCAGGUUGUUGGAGUAGCAGAUCCCAGGAAGUUCGCUCGCACAAAGUUCCAACAAUUGUACAACAUUGCCGAUGACAACCUGUACGAAGACUGGCGCAUUUUAGCUGAAAGAGAGAAGUGUGCGGACGCUGUUUUAAUUUGCACACCAGACACCCUUCAUAAGGAACCUGCAGUGGCCUUUGCAAAGAAGGGCUACCAUGUCCUUCUGGAGAAACCGAUGGCUACAACGGCUGAAGACUGCAUAGAGAUUGUGGCGGCAUGCUCUCAGAGCGGUGUGCUACUAUGUGUAGGUCACGUUCUGCGAUAUGAUCCCACCAUCCGCAAGAUAAAGGAACUGAUAGACUCCGGUGUCAUUGGUGAUGUCAUCCACAUUCAGCACUUUGAGCCGGUUGGCUUUUAUCACUUUGCUCACUCUUUUGUCCGUGGAAACUGGAGGAAAGAAGCAGAGAGCUCUUUUGCUCUUUUGGCCAAAUCAUGCCACGACAUUGACCUGAUCCAUCAAUGGGCCGGAGCACGCAGGUGUUUGAAAGUGACGUCGUUUGGUUUUGUCAGUCACUUCAGUCAACAAAACAAGCCAACAGGGGCUGCAGUUCGGUGCCUGGAUUGUUCAAUAGAGAACACAUGUCAGUACUCGGCAAGCAAAAUCUACCUGGACAGAGUGAAAAAGGGCCACACUGGCUGGCCUGUUUCUGUCCUCUGCCCCAACUCUUUCCCAGACAUUGAGACGGUAACUGAAGCUCUCAGGACUGGACCGUACGGCCGUUGUGUCUAUGAGUGCGACAACGAUGUCUGCAGUAACCAGGUUGUUAACAUGGAGUUUGAAGGUGGUCUGACUGCUGCCUUCUCUAUGGUGGCUUUCACUGAAGAUAUGUGCAAACGAAAAACAACAAUCUAUGGUAGCAAGGGUGAGUUGUCAUUUAAAGAUGACCAGAUUCGGGUGUUUGACUUUCUGACCCAGAAAGCUACCACACAUGUGGUAAAGGUGGAUUUCCCCAUGGACUUUGGCCUGCCUGGACAUGCCCAAGCUGAUUACUUCUUAAUAGAUUCUUUCAUUUCUGCUGUAACUAACAAUGACCCAUCACUCAUUGCUUCCGGACCUGAAGAGACACUGCAGAGCCACUUGCUGGUGUUUGAGGCAGAGCGAUCGCGACUGGAAAGCAGGGUGGUUCAAGUAAACCAAUCUCGAUGAUCUCUUGGGGGGGGGGAACUAAUAUGAUUAAAGAAAAUGGUAAUUAUUUACUUCAGAAAUAAUUAUAUUUGUGGUUGGGUACACUUGUAAUAUUUGUGUGCUUUGAUUAUGGUUAAUCUCACCUGGGUGUGAUCCUGACUCACUGUAACCUAAUCAAGGCAAUAUUUAACUAAGUAUUUUUGCACUGCGCAGUCACAUUAAUGGCUUUUUAAAACCAUGCUUUCCUUUUCAAUAAGUCUGACGCUCUCAUUAAACAUACCGUAAUCUGGUUUCUUCACCCCACCGGGAAGACAUGCUCGUUUUUUGUUUUAUCUCAUUUCAUGUAAUUAUUUUUCUCUUCCCUUAGAUCCCUGUCCUGUUUUUCUUUAACUCUAACUUGCAUUUUACACCUGCACUGAGUAACCCAUGUGAAUGAAAAGUUGAUGUACUGUACUUUUAAGGGGAAUGCACACUGCAACUCUGGUCAAGCUAGAAAUUAUGAAUUGAGUGUAUAAAACAGCUACUCAUGUAAACGUAUUUAUAACCAUCAACUUUGUCUCAAUAGUUCAACAGACUUCCACUCUCCUAGAAAUUGAGACUAACUGCAAGCCUCACGAUGUAAUGUAUGUAAAUGUGUUAUCCAGAAAUUGGAAGCCCAGAGGCAGACUUUUUCACAGUCCACACAUUUGUUGUUUUUUUUGUUUGUUUUUUUUUCCCUCUAUGAUUGGCCAUUGCAGGUAGUGCUAUUCUGGAGAAGCAGGUCAUCAGGGGCCUGGUGUUAAAAAAAAAUUGCAUAGUAUUCUCAUUAAAAGUGGACAUGCGGGAAAGCGGCAGUAGUCCACAUGAAAACAUCUUCACAUCAGGACCAGCCCACUUUUUGCCAUCAUCCAACCAUGAAUGGCCAAUGCAGAACAGCUCGUUAAUGUUAGUGCAUGUAGUAUGCACAACACAGACCCUUGGUCUCUCUGUCUUCGUUCCUUUUUGAGUCUGAGGAGAAAAUGGGGAAAUCGUGAUAUCUGUAACCAAUCCCAUUCAAAAAUAGAAUAAGUUUUCCUGUCACUGCUCUUUUUCAUGUACUCACCCACUUAUGGACUGCUGUGGGAACCUAUCUUCUCAUUUGCGCCCUUGCUUCCAGAACGACUGCCUUUCCGGGCUUUGUCCUCACUGCAUGUCACAUAACAUUUAAUUCAUACAUUUCCCCGCCCUCCCGCUUGAAAAUGAUCAAUAAGCACAUGUUUGAAACAUUUUAGAUAAAUAAAUUGGGGUGCCUGAAAUGUAAGAAAAAAAAUUAGAGAGAGAAAAGGGUUUGGUCUUCUCUUUGCAUGAAAGUUACAACAGGUUCCACUCUUCUGGAGAGAUUGUCGGAAUGUUUGUUGUUGGGUUACAGACAGCCUUAUUGAAAAAAAAAAAAUUCACACCCUUUGCUCAAUACUGUUGAUGCAAGUUUGACAACAUUUAAAGCUUCAAGGCUAUGAAUAUGAAGUGUGGUAUUGUUGAGCUUCUUUGGUCAUUUUCAUGCUAAUCUUCAUCAUUAUGCUUUCAAAAAGUAUGGGACUGGGCAAUCCAAAGGUCUCAAAUUUUUUUCCCCCCACCCACAAAUAUCUGAUUGUCAACUUUACUCUAUUUUCCUCCCUUCCCUUACAUAUAAAGCAAAUUCACUAUGAAAUUAUUCAAAUUGAUCUUUGCACUCCGCCCCCACAUCCAAAAAAAGGAACACUUACCUAAAAUCAGCUCCCACAGAAAUGAUUUUUUUUUUUUUUUUUACACAUACUAUGAAAAUGUGUUUCUGCUGUUAAAAAUGUCUUGGCUGUCAAAAUGUAUGCAAACUGAUUUAACAUUAAUAAAAUUAACUGUAUAGCUGAGCUGGUGCAUACAGUAUGUAUGUCUAGUGCUGCAUCUCCUCUAACUCUGUCAAUCUU